AUGAGAUCACGUGUCCAAAUGGCAUGCGCGCACUGGCGUGUGGUGUAUUUAGACAGCGAAGUUUCCGCGCUGUGUCAUUUUGUUUUGGUGCUUCAGUUCGGGACAGCCGGCGUUUAUAAUUUGACUGCUUUCCCGGUCUGAAAGUUGAGUUUAUUUCGUUGGUUCUUUAUUGAUGGACUUAUAUUGAAAACGCCUCCUUCUUGCAUUCGAUAUUGCCUUGUAUGAACGCCAUGCCAACACUGACAACCAGUAAGCCUUUACGAGACCAGCAAGUGACAUCAUCUUUCGCAGAAACCCUGGGCACUGUGCUACUCCAAGAUGAAAUGGGAACACGUCACGAGGAUAUCGAUGACGUCACCGAUGACGUCCACAACUGCAAUUUAGAGUCCUCAUCAUCGUCGUCUUCGUCGUCGUCAACCAAAGGCAAGACGUCCAGAUCGAGAAAACGUCAAAAGGGCCUCGACGAGAACGGAGAGAAGCCGCCACCGAAGAAACGCGGGCCGAAGAAGAAGAAGAUGACCAAAGCCCGGGUGCAGAAAUUCAAACAGCGGCGCGUAAAAGCCAACACCAGGGAACGGAACCGAAUGCACGGGCUCAACGACGCGCUCGACCACCUGCGGACAGUGGUCCCUUGCUACUCGAAAACCCAAAAGUUGUCCAAGAUUGAGACUCUCCGAUUGGCCAAGAAUUACAUCACUGCCCUGGCGGACAUUCUGCGGACUGGCUCCGUUCCGGACACCGUGUCCUUCGCGCAGACGCUAUCCAAGGGACUCUCGCAACCCACCACGAAUCUCGUAGCGGGCGCUAUGCAACUCAACCCGCGCACCUUGCUUCCCGAGGAGAACCGGAACAAUUACGGCAUCUGGCCCAAGAGGGCGCCCUACGAGUCGUCCUACUUCGAGCCCAACGAUUGCGGCUUCGCCGAUCACGUCGGAAACGCAGCCGUAGACGAAAACUACAACACGGCCAACUUUUCCGGUGCAGACAUCACGAGACUCCAGCAGGAUGACAGCAACAUGUACGGGGAUAUGUCAAAUGGCUACGGCCGCCAUUUUGAAAAUAUGGCCGUCAACAACGCCCCUCUUCCGAGAAAUGCAAAUUACCACUGUCAGUACACCACCCACCAAAACCACCACCACGUGCAGCAACAGCACCCCCAAACCAGAAUGGACUGUGCCACUGAACCAAUGCCGGACGAUCUUUUCACUACAAUUGGAUAUACGUCACAGAAUACCCGGAUGUACAGUUAUGGAGGUCAAGUUGGGGCUUCUGGAAGUGGGGGACAGGGGGGCAACAUGGGUAAUAUCUACUCCCCUGGCGGGGAUCACUACGUAUCGUCAACAAUUUGCGACAAGGAUUUGGAUGUACUUGGGUGUGGAAACAAUCUUUUUCACGGAUAAAUAUUUAUGAAUCUGUAGACAAUAACAUACCCAGCCGACACAUUAUUGUUGUGUUAUAACGGUUUGGGCUAGUGAACCGAUAAUUUGUCUUCAAUACUUCCUAACGAAAAUCACAAGACAUAAUUGUCGGAUUUUUAAAAGAAGGUUAUACUCAGUUUUUUUUUUUCAGAUUUAAAAUUUCACUUUUGUGGUUUCGUGACCGUCACAAAAUUAACCAAAUUCCACAGUUGGAAAUUAAAUCGCAUUAAAAAUUGAAAGUAACCUCGAUUUCCCUCUUAUUUUUUCACCUUCCUUUGUCAUAUUGUUUUACUCACAUCACCCCUGCGAAUCAAGUUUUAGCCUUGUACUAUCAAUAUUCCCCGAAACGACGGGGCACUACCUCACGGUGAAUACAAAUAGCGCCCUCAAUAUAAUAAUGAUUCUUCCCCCCUCCCCUUCAACUUCCUUGCGGUCUUUUAAACUCUUCUGGGAAAGAUUUCCGUAUACGAAGUUCACUAAGUUUCCUCUGUAUUGACUAACAAUCCCCCAGAUAGCAAUUUCAUGUCAUCAAAGUCAAUUU